AUGAGUGCUGUGUUCGCCGUCUGUGUGCUGCUGGUCUCGCUGUGUGCCGGGCUGUUGGCAGUCGCAGCCUGGCUGUGGGCCACCCGCCGCCGGACGUCGAUCCCAGGACCCCCGACUCUGCCGCUGCUGGGAAACGCGCUCAGCUUCUACAAGAUGCCCGUGCUGGUGGGCCGCCUCACGGAACUGCACAGUCGCUACGGAGACAUCUUCAGGUUGUACUUGGGCCCGAAGCUGCUGAUCGUGCUGACACAGCCGGAAGACGUGCAGAAGGUGCAGGUGACCAGCAAACCGCAAGUACGCGAUCCGCACGCCGCACAGUUCUUACGCACGUUCAUGGGAGAAGGGCUGCUCUGCGUCAACGGCGACAAGUGGAAAAGGCACAGAAAGAAAAUCGAACCGGCCUUUCAUACAGAAGAGCUGGAGAAAUUCAUGGGGAAAUUCAACCACAUUGCAUACUUGUUGGGCGAGCGGCUGGCAGAAAGGAAAGGAGAAGAGGUGGACGUAUACCAUCCACUCGUGCUGAGUACCGUACGCGCAGUGUUCGCCACUAUUUACGACAUCGACCUGGAAAGCAUCUUCCCAGAUAGGCGUGGACAGGAUGAGGUGGUUGAUCUAUUCACUGAUUUCGGAAAAGCUAUAUCGGAAAUGAUGUACCAUCCAUGGAAAAUGAUCAAUGUGAUGAGGUGGAUGACUGCAGAGGGUCGGGUGCUGACAAGAUUUAAUAAUGUUUGCAGAUAUAUCAUUGACAAUGGCUUCCUCUUAGCCAAUAAAAAACUCAGUGGCUUAAAGGGCAAUGAAAGAUCACUACUGGCUUGUCUUAAAGAAAAUAAUUCAAAAGCACUAUUUACUGAUAAGGAAAUUUAUGAUGAAGCAAGAACACUAGCCAUUUCUGGCGUCGAGACCACUUCUUGCUCGAUGGGCUACAUGCUGUGCCUGCUGGGACUCUACCCAGAGUGGCAAGACCUGGCGCAGCGGGAACUGGACGAGCAUUUCGGAACUGGCGGCGACUACUUACGACCUGUUACCACUGCAGAUCUUUCCCAGCUUAAAGUCAUCGACGCCAUUAUAAAGGAGAGUGGGAGGCUGAUGACAACGGUGCCCUUCAUGCCGUACCUGGUGACCGAGGACACACCGCUGGCUGGUGGCCGGCACGUCGUUCCCCAGGGCAGCACGGUGAUGAUCUCCUACUACCUGGUGCACCGCCACCCCGACCUCUUCCCGGAGCCGGACAAGUUCGACCCCGGCCGGUUCCUGGAGGGCGGCAGCGCCACGUCCAGGAAAGCCUACAGCUACAUACCCUUCGGCGUCGGCUCGCGCAAGUGCGUGGGCGCCCGAUAUGCCGUUCUGCAGAUGAAGGUCCUCCUGGUGACGGUUCUACGGCGCUUCCGCAUACUGCCCGGAACGACCAGGCAGCAGCUGGAAGAGAGUGUGCUUUCAAUAAUAGCACAUCCAGUCACUGGUUUCAGAGUCACUUGCGUCCCACGAGACAACAUGCCUUCCAAUUCGGUGUAAGAGUGGAUUGUGCUGGAAAAUUGCAUAGCUGCAAAAUUUCAGCUGCUGUUUAAGUUUAGAAGGUCAGUUCACACUGAACAACUGUACGGAUGGUGACGUCACUGUGAAUGGAUGGUGUUUUUACACUAGCGGAGCAGCAACAUAACGUUGCUGCACUUUGCCCAAUGGCCAACUAUUUAAGUGAGGUUGCGAGGUACCACCCGUGGUACAAAAAGACGGAAUACACUUCCAGAUUUAAGAAACUAGCAAUGAUAUAGAUAUUCAAACAACUUGUGGGUAUGCAGUCAGAUGACAUCUUCGACAGUCACCGAUAUUUCGACCUAGGUGAACAUCCUUACAUUUUCAAGACAUAAACGCGUCGCGAGAUAGCCGUGUAGUGAAAUUUCAACCCUGGGUAAGUCUGGCUAUGCCAACAUAGAAUCGUAAUAUGGCAUACGCAGAAAAAGAAAAAAAGAAAGGAAAAGAAAACAAAAAUAAAAUAAACAGUAAAAAGUAAUGCCACCACCCAAACAUAGAUGGCCGUCGUCUGACAUUAUCGAUAACAAAUAUUAAUUAACAACGAAUGAGAAAGUAGCGUUAACUCCGUCCGUCUGUUGCUUGGAAUCCUGCUCCCUUCCGACUUCCUGCUCAAAAAACAGAGGUUAUAAUCAUUCGCAUAUGCUUUACAGAGUGUUUCAAAAAGAAAGCACGUAUUUCGAAUUCAUAUAUUUACUAAACUGUGAGACAUACUAAACUAAACUCCGUCCGAACAGGCCUCGUGGGUCCCAACGGUACUGACCGACCGCCGCGUCAUCCUCAGACUAUAGGCGUCGUCGGAUGCGGAUAUGAAGGGGCUUGUGGUCAGCACACCUCUCUCCCUGCCAUUGACAGUCAACGAGACCGGAGCCGCUACUUCUCAGUCAAGUAGCUCCUCAAUUUGCCUCGCAACGGCUGAGUGCACCCAGAUUGCCAACACUGUUCGGUAGACUGGACGGUCACCCAUCCAGGUGCCAUCCAAGCCCGACAGCACUCAAACUCAGUGAUCUGGCGGUAACCUAUGCCACCACUGCGGCAAGGCCAUUGGUUAAACAGUGA